UUUUUUUCCCUACCCGUUCUAAUAAAUCGAUACUCGAUUGCUCUAGCCUGAACGCAACAACGCCAGUCAAAGCGGAAGUUGCUAUCCUGCUAAAUAUGGUAGCUGAACUUGUGCUCGUACUAGCCUUUAAGCAAGGUAUCCUCCUCUGAAUCCCCGAAAUACAUUAGCCACAGGACAACUUUGUUUGGACAUCGUAAAGGACCAUUAGCCUUAACUGAAUAGAUAUAGCUAGCUACAUACCUACCUCCCUUUCCACGUGGAAAAAAAUACGUUAGCUGGGAUUUUCUACAAGGAAUCUGCAGGACAACAUGAGUGGAGAGAAGGAAACAUUGUUGGAAGAAAUGGAACAGAGUUUACACCCUCUAACGGAGGAUAAUUUACGACACCUGUGUGAACGCUGUGGAAUAGAUGGCUCCCAAGUUAAAGGAAAGAACCAUCGCUCGUUGCGACGUAAAAUCAUGGAGGAAAUGUGGGAAAAUGCAGACUCAGUCAAAUCGGAGGAGCUUGGAAUGUCUUGGUUACUCCGACUGAAAGAUGACAUCAGAAAGAUGCAUGAAGAAUCUACUGUGGCACCCAUGAGUUCCAGCCAGUCUGAUGAUGACGACGACGAUGCUACAACCUGCGGCGAGGAAUGGGACAAGGAUUGGUUUCCUAGCAACGGGCUGGAGGCGGAGUCAUCUCCAGAGAGCCAUACCCCAGAGAGUUCCAGCCAGUCUGAUGAUGACGAAACGGGGGACAACCCUAACGGUCGCUCGCUCAGUGGGAGGGUCUUAUCAUCUGGGAAGGCUCCAGGGUUGAAAGUGAUCCAGCGCCCUUAUAGCUGUGAUGUAUGUGAGAAGAGUUUCACUCAAUCAGGAAACCUACGAAGACACCAAACGGUACACACAGGAGAGAAAUCUUACAGUUGUGAUCAUUGUGGGAAGAGUUUUGCUCAUCCAGGAGCCCUGACUAUUCACAAGCAUGUACACACAGGAGAGAAACCUUACAGCUGUGAUCAGUGUGGGAAAAGCUUUUCUCAUCCAGGAGCCCUGACUAUUCACAAGCGUGUACACACUGGAGAGAAACCUUACAGCUGUGAUCAAUGUGGGAAGAGCUGCAGAGAUGCCACAGCCCUGAAUGAACACAUGCGUACACACACAGGAGAGAAACCUUUUCACUGCCAUGUCUGUGGAAUUAGUUUUUCUCGACAAAGCAACCUGAAUGUACACAUGCAUACACACACAGGAGAGAGGCCUUGCAUCUGUGAUCAAUGUGGGAAGAGCUUCACUCGGUCAACGGACCUGACCAAACACAGACGCAUUCACACCAGCGAGAAAUCCUACAGCUGUGACCAGUGUGGGAACAAAUUUGCUCAGUCAGGAAACCUGACGAGUCAUCAGAAAACCCGCACAGGCAGAAAGAGAACCCGCACAGGUGGAAAGAGAACCCGCACAGGUGGAAAGAGAACCCGCACAGGCGGAAAGAGAACCCGCACAGGCGGAGAGAGAAAUGAGGCGGGUGGAGAGGGAACCCACACAGGAAAGAUACAGGAAGAAUCUACUGUGGCACCCAUGAGGCCCAGCCAGUCUGAUGAUGAUGAUGCUGCAGACUGCGAUGAAGAAUGGGACAUGGAAAACAAGGAUUGGUGUCUUAGCAACGGACUGGAGGCAGAGCCAGCUCCAGAGAACCACACCCCAGAGCAGAGGCAGAGGGGUGACAUGUCUCUCCCACCCGCCUCCCCUCUCCCCGAGUCCCCAGGUCCUGCCUCUCCCGCUGGCACAUUAUUACUGGGUUUGAAGAGGGUUUCUCUGCGGCUGGUUGACUGCAGGAAAACACUGGGACUGAGUGGAACUACGAGAGGAGGAGAAGAGAAGGAAUAUGGAGAUUCAGAUUCGAUGUCAUCAAGUAGAAACAAUGGGGACAACCCUAACGGUCGCUCGCUCAGUGGGAGGGUCUUAUCAUCUGGGAAGGCUCCAGGGUUGAAAGUGAUCCAGCGACCUUAUAGCUGUGAUGUAUGUGAGAAGAGUUUCACUCAAUCAGGAAACCUAAGAAGACACCAAACAGUACACACAGGAGAGCGACCAUAUGUCUGUCCUAUAUGUGGAAAGAGUUUCCUUAUGUCAGGAACACUGUCUAGACACGAGAGAACACACACAGGGGAGAAACCAUACGGCUGUCCUAUAUGUGGAAAGCGUUUCCGUACGUCAGGACAAUUGACUAUACACAAGCGAACACACACUGGAGAGAAACCUUAUCGCUGCGAUCAAUGUGGGAAGCGUUUUACUCAAGCUUGUUCCCUGACUGAACACAAGCGAACACACACUGGCGUGAUGUUCCACUGCUCAGACUGUGAGAAGAGCUUCCCUACAUCGGUGAAGUUGAAACGGCACCGGCAAACGCACACAGGAGAGAAACCUUAUCGCUGUGAUCAAUGUGGGAAGGGUUUUGCGAGAGCUUAUUCCCUGACUGAACACAAGCGAACACACACAGGAGAGAAACCAUAUGUCUGCGAUCAAUGUGGGAAGAGAUUUACUAACUCGGGAACACUGACUUUACACCAGCCGACACACACUGGAGAGAAACCUCGUAGCUGUGCUAUAUACACCUGUAAGCACUGUGAGUGGAGUUUUGCUCAUUCAGAAGACCUAGCAAGACACCACCAGAGAAAACACAUGUGGGAGGGUAUUCAUGUCUGUGAUGAAUGUGGGAAGAGUUUUGCUAGUUCUGGAGACUUGAAUAUACACAAGCGAAUACACACAGGUGAGAAACAAUAUGUCUGUGAUCAGUGUGGAAAGACUUUUGCUAGUUCGGGAAACCUGAAUAUACACAAGCGAAUACACACAGGCGAGAAACCAUAUGUCUGUGAUCAAUGUGGGAAGAGCUUUGCCUCAUCUGGAUUCCUGACUAAACACAAGCAUAUCCACACCGGAGAGAAACCUUACAGUUGUGAACGGUGUGAGAAGAGAUGUGUUUCCAAAGGAGAGUUGAGAACGCACCAGCUUGUACACCCCAGAGAGAACUCUCUCUUCCUGUGUGAUCGAUGUGGGAAGAGCUUCACACACAUGGGAUCCCUGAAUGUGCACAUGCGUAGGCACACAGGAGAGAAACCGUACCGCUGCGAUCAAUGUGGGAAGAGCUUUAUUCAGCCAGUAGAAUUGAAAAUGCACCAACGAGUGCACACUGGAGAGAAACCCUACAGCUGCGAUCUAUGCAGGAAGAGAUUCGCUCAGUCAGGACUGCUGACUGUACACAAGAGAACACACACUGGAGAGAAACGUUAUAAAUGUGAUAUAUGUGGGAAAAGAUUCGCUCAGUCAGGAAACCUGAAGAGUCAUCAGAAAACCCACACAGGCAGAAAGAGAACCCACACAGGCAGAAAGAGAACCCACACAGGCAGAAAGAGAACCCGCGCAGAGAAAAUCCCCACAGGCGAAGAGAGAAGUCAAACAGACAGAGGACUGAAUCACCACCACACCUCCAUCCUCCCAGGCAUCAGUUCUCAUGAUCCCUCUGUAGACUCUGGGUAAACAUCACAGGAUCCCCUCUGUAGACUCUGGGUAAACAUCACAGGAUCCCCUCUGUAUUGACUCUGGGUAAACAUCACAGGAUCCCCUCUGUAGACUCUGGGUAAACAUCACAGAAUCCCCUCUGUAGACUCUGGGUAAACAUCACAGGAUCCCCUCUGUAUUGACUCUGGAUAAACAUCACAGAAUCCCCUCUGUAGACUCUGGGUAAACAUCACAGGAUCCCCUCUGUAGACUCUGGGUAAACAUCACAGAAUCCCCUCUGUAUUGACUCUGUGUAUACAUCACAGGAUCCCCUCUGUAUUGACUCUGGAUAAACAUCACAGAAUCCCCUCUGUAUUGACUCUGUGUAAACAUCACAGAAUCCCCUCUGUAUUGACUCUGGGUAAACAUCACAGGAUCCCUGUAUUGACUCUGGAUAAACAUCACAGGAUCUUUGUAUUGACUCUGGGUAAACAUCACAGGAUCUCUGUAUUGACUCUGGGUAAACAUCACAGGAUCCCCUCUGUCGACUCUGGGUAAAAUAGCCCACUCUGUAUUUCAUAUACAGUGUACAUUGGAGGUGGCAGAGUAUGAAGUGCUGUUGGAUAUGUAAGACACACCAAGUCAUACUGGUUAGUAUUUUGUUACAAUACGAAUAACCGCAAGUGAUUUUAAUGUGCGUUUGUGUCUGACCACGUCCACCGGGAAUUCUGAUUGGUCAAUAGUGGCCAUGGUUUUUAAAUUUACUAGCCUAGAAUAUAUUGCCUUACGAGACUUUUGUCCAUAGAGGGACACCAUUAUCAAGUUUCCUGCAGAUCAGGUCAUUCGGUUGCAGAGGAGUAACGGUUUUUAAGUGUUUUGGCAGAAAAUCCAUCAUGGAGGCACUUCUGGUUCUGAGGCAAAU